AUGGGUUAAUGCUAAGUACCUUAAAUUCAAUAAAUUGAAGAUGAUUUUGCUGCUAUUUAAAGAAAUGCUGUUACUCUUAAAGCUGUACCAGAAAAGCUUAAUUAAUUGGAGGCUUAAAUUAAUGGUAUUAAAAGUACUGCUGAACAAGUAUAAAUUAGUUAAUAAAUUACAUAGCUCACCACCUCAGUCAAUAAUAUUACAUAAACCAUAGAAAAUAUAAGAAAGAGUCUCCCAUGA